CUUGAUUUAUGAAGUAAAAUAAAAACAUGGUCAAAAUUAAACAAGUGAACGUUGGGGCGAACUAUGCAUGGAGUCCAGCAGAAAACCACCCCGUGUACAUUGCAGCGGGUACCGCAGCUCAACAGCUGGAUGCCACAUUUAGUUCCAAUGCAAAACUUGAAUUGUAUGCGGUGGAUAUGACUGAUGACAACUACAAUAUCAAGUGUGCUGGCUCCAUCGAGACAGAAAACAGAUUUCAAAAAGUGGUGUGGGGAAGUGGUUAUGCAGAGAAUCCUACUACCAGUGGAUUGAUUGUGUGCGGUACAGACAAGGGUGGUAUUGAAAUUUAUAACCCAGAGAAAAUUUUGGAAAAUGAGGUUGACUGCAUACUUUCCAACUCGAAACAUACCGGACCCGUUCGAUCACUUGAUUUUAAUAAUUUUCAGAAAAACUUAUUUGCUUCUGGUGCAAAUGACAGCGAAAUUUAUAUUUGGGAUCUGAAGAAUCCAUCCAACCCUAUGACCCCUGGAACAAAAACGCAACCCACAUCAGCAGUAGGAGCACUUGCCUGGAACAAACAGGUUCAACACAUCCUGGCUUCUACAAGUUCGCUUACAUCAGGACCUUGUUGUGUCGUGUGGGAUCUGAGGAAAAAUGAACCAAUUAUUAAAGUCCAAGACCCCUCCGGAAGGAUGCAGUGUAGUGAUGUCUCUUGGCAUCCGGAUGUUGCAACUCAGUUGGUUCUUUCUUCUGAAGACGAUCAUCUUCCAGUUGUUCAACUGUGGGAUUUAAGAUUUGCAACCUCACCAAUGAAGGUUUUGGAGAAGCACAGCAAAGGUGUGCUGUCUGUAUCAUGGUGCAAACAAGAUUCUGAUUUGCUUCUUACAUGUGGGAAAGACAACCAUAUAUACUGCUGGAAUCCUAAUGGUUCUCCACCAGAAAUAUUAUGCGAGCUUGAAACUGGAGCUCAAUGGUGUUUCGAUGUACAGUGGUGUCCACGCAACCCUAAUAUUCUUUCAACCGGAUCUUUUGACGGUUGCAUUUCCAUUCAUUCUAUUAUGGGGGGUUCUCCUGUCCAAAGUAAUGACCAGAAUCAAGCUCAAAGAAACAAGAUUGCUGAUGCCUUUGGUAGUGAUGCUUUUGCUGGGGAUGCUCCUCAACAGCAACAUACACAACCAAAGAAAACAAUUCCUCUGAAGAAACCUCCAAAGUGGAUGAGAAGACCAUGUGCUGCCUCAUUUUCAUUUGGAGGGAAAUUGGUUUCAUUUGAAAAUAACCAGACAACAGAAAACCAACAUCAAACUUCAAGCCAUAGAACAGUUAAAAUAAGUCAGGUUGUAACAGAGGUGGAAUUAUUGGAACGGUCGGCAGAUUUACGAAAAGCGCUCACUGAUGACACUCAGUGUACAGCUUACUGUCACCGAAAACUAGAGAAAGCACAAAGUGAAUUUGAAGAAAAUUUUUGGAGUUUUUUGAAGGUUAAUUUUGAACCUGAACCAAGGAAAGAAUUUCUUCAAUUACUUGGUUACAAUCCAGUUGAACUCACAGCAAAGUUUUCAAAAGUUUUGGGAACAACUACGAAUGGUAUUUCAUCUGGUAUAGACAGCCUGUCAAUCAGUGCAAAGAGUGAGUCUGGAGAUGACAAUGUAAGCAACGGUGCGAGUUCCUCCAAUGGACUUGAUGCUUUUGAACAAAUUGCUGUUGCCCAAGAAACAAAGAAGCAAGAGGAAGAAAUUAAGCCAAUGGUCAUACCUGUUGCUGAUGGAGAUAUUGACAGUUUGAUUAGCCAAGCUCUUCUGAUUGGAGAUUACGAAGCUGCGGUUGAUCUCUGUCUCCAUAGCAACCGUAUGGCGGAUGCUAUCGUCGUGGCAAUGGCGGGAGGAUCUAAACUUCUUGAGAAAACACAAAAGCGAUAUUUCGAUGCUAGUGAAUCAAAGAUAUCAAGGCUUUUAUCCGCGGUUGUUACCAAGAAUUGGGCAGAUGUGGUGAAGUCAUGUGACCUGGAAAAUUGGAAGGAAGCAUUGGCGUCGUUGCUUACAUACGCCUCACCUCAGGAUCUUAUCUCGCUGUGUGAUGAGCUUGGUGAAAGAUUGGAAGCCAACCCUGAGUUGAAAUCUCAUGCAUGUUUGUGCUAUAUUUGCUCGGGGAAUAUUGAACGUCUGGUUCGAUGUUGGAGUAGUGUUAAUUCCCAAGAUAAUAAUGGAAAUGAUAUUCAGGAUUUAAUUGAAAAAAUGAUGGUGCUCCAUCGUGUCGCUGAACAACGGAGCCAAGGUGGUUCGGCAGCGAGCAUGGGAGAAGCCUCGAGCGAAAAGCUUUCUGAAUACGCUCACAUGCUGGCAUCGCAGGGUCAGCUUGGAGCAGCAAUGGAAAUGCUACCAGCGCAUUCAGAUAAGAUCUCAAUUCAAAUCUUACGUGAUCGACUUUACCAUUCACAAGGGGACACAGUGGUUGGAUACCAACCCCCGGUAUUCCCCUUUUCCAGGGAUGGGUCACGUGUGGGUCAUCGGCCUGAGGCGCAAGUUCAACCACGACGACAAAUGGGGGCCAAAGGUUCAGGGAUGUACCAACAACAGCAGCAUCUGCAACAUGCUCACCAACCAACCUCAACCAGCAGACCAUUGCAACCACAAAUUUCUGCACAGAUACCAAACUACCAACCACCAUCCGUACCAUCUCCUCAUCGCCCUCAAGUGAACAACCCAUAUGCUCGCCCAAUGCAACAGCCAAGUUAUUCUGGUCCUCAAGCUCCGAGCAACAUCUUCACUCCUCCAUCUGUUGCCCCAACAUCUCAGGUGACGGGGAUGAUGCCGGUUCAGGCCCCAUCUGCCCCAUACCAACCCUACAUGGCCCCCACCCCACAAACCAUGUCCCAAUCAAUGGGUAAUCCCCCUCAGCCCCCCAGCAACAUGUACGCUCCAGAUAUGGAGAAGAAACACAACAGUGGAGGUUGGAAUGAUCCUCCUGCUCUUGAUCCUAACAGAGUACCAAAGAAGAAAAAGCCGACAACUGUCCAGUCGCCACCCGUUGCUAAUUUCCUUGUCCCUAGCCAGCCGGCAAUUCCCCAUGAUGUUUAUAAACAGCCAACCCCCAAACCCAUUGACCCCGCUCAGCUGAACCUGAUGACCCCGGCUGCCCCGGUACAUAACCCCAUGGGUAACAUGAUGCGACCAGGGGUUUCCCCUAUGAUGGGUGGGGUCCAGCCAAGCAACAACAUGAUGCAAAAUGUGCCGCCCCCACCUCCGAUGGCUACUAAUUAUUAUGCUGAGGAAAGAGAUGAACUGGAUCACUCUUUUAGUGAUGAUGAGAGCUCUGCACCCGCCCCAUCUGUACCAACCGGUGCAUUGAAAGACACACCAAAAUCUCCCAUCCCUGCCGAACAUCAAAUACUUCAAGUCCAAUUUGAUCAGCUGAUUAAAAAGGCGCUCAACCAGAAUCCCAAUCAGCAAAUAAAACGGAAACUGGAUGAUUGUUCCAGAAGACUGGAGUUCCUCUACGACAAGCUUCGUGCAAACUCGCUUUCCCCGAACAUCAUCGGAGGGUUGCAUCAGGUCGCCCAAAGCAUGGAAUCACGUGAUUACGCCAAUGGUUUGCGUCACCAUACCCGCAUUGUGACGCAAUCGAACUUCUCCGAGAUCUCCGCGUUCAUGCCUGGCCUCAAAUCCUUGCUUCAAAUCGCUGGCCAGCUUCGGAUUUAAAGCCUCGGAAGUUUUUGGAAAACAAACCGACCAUACUAACUGGCGUCUAUAUAGAAGUAUUUUGCUUAUUUAAUUAACCUGUUUUACAUAAAGAUGCACUAUAAGAAGAUGCGAUUUGUCGACCGCGCGUCGUGUUUACUGUACAGAGAAUCUAUAGGUAAAUUGUUACGUGGGUGUCACUUCAUUGUAGCGUUGUCACAAAGGACCACGCCGUGUGGUAGCGGCAGCAUAACAUAGGAAUCCUUCUGCUUUGUUCUAUUUGGUGCAAUGGUGGAGUUCCCCGCCCGCUGCACUAUAGGCAGGUCGGAAGUACAAAUUCACCACACGUAGCCUGCUUGUAUAGAAGUGCAAUUGUAAUGUGUAUUGUUGUAAUAAACAAACGAACAAGAGAAAA